AUCGGCCUUUUUCACGAAUAUCCGCCAUCAUGGGAAAACCAAGGGGACUGAGGACAGCUCGUAAACUGAAGAAUCAUCGCCGUGACCAGAAGUGGCACGAUAAUGACUACAAGAAGGCCCAUUUGCCCUCAAGAUGGGUAAAGCCCUUCCAGGGUUCAUCCCACGCUAAAGGAAUUGUCCUUGAGAAAGUUGGUGUAGAAGCUAAGCAGCCCAACUCUGCUAUCAGGAAGUGUGUCCGUGUCCAACUGAUCAAAAACGGAAAGAAGAUCACUGCUUUUGUACCCAACGAUGGCUGUCUCAACUAUGUUGAGGAAAAUGACGAAGUAUUAGUCGCUGGAUUUGGUCGUAAAGGUCACGCUGUUGGUGAUAUUCCUGGUGUACGUUUCAAGAUUGUUAAAGUCGCAAACGUUUCACUGCUUGCUCUUUUCAAGGGCAAGAAGGAAAGGCCAAGGUCUUAAGUCUAUUUACUUCAUGUACAGAGACAAAUAAAAAAAAAGAAAAACCAA